AGAGAUACCGCCUGUGAAUUUUAAUCAUUUAAAGGCAGAAGACUGGCUCUCCUCUACUUGCUGGUCAUCGGGUACCUACAAUGAGUCCAGCUAGAACUGAACUCAGUCCCAGCAAUACCGGCAAGUCUCCAAUACCAAUUGACUACUCACGCUAUGUGAAGCGAUUCAGUAGUGCUCUUGAAUGUGGUAGCACAUAUUGCAAGGAUCUAAAUUACAGAGAGCACUUUCACUGUCUGGACUGUAACUCCAGAGUAUUUGUAAAGAAAGAAGAAAUGAUUAGACACUUCAAAUGGCACAAAAAAAGGGAUGAAUCAUUACAGCAUGGCUUUAUGCGAUAUUCUCCCAUGGAUGAUUGUUCUGAUCGCUACCAAGGUUGCAGCCACAAUCGCAAGCAAACACAUUAUCAUUGCAUAAAGGAGGGAUGUGACAAGGUUUACAUUAGCACAUCAGAUGUCCAGAUGCAUGCCAAUUAUCAUCGGAAAGAUUCUGCUAUAAUUCAAGAAGGUUUCCAAAGAUUUCGUGCAACAGAAGAAUGUGGAGCCCAACACUGUGCCUUUUAUGGACAACGUACAACACAUUUCCAUUGUCGUAGGGAUAACUGCAAAUAUACAUUUAAAAACAAAGCAGACAUGGAAAAGCACAAGACAUAUCACAUCAAAGAUGAGCAAUUAAGCCGUGAUGGCUUUAAAAAAUUCAUGAAACAUGAAAAUUGUCCUUUUGAAAGUUGCCGCUUCUCACGUGUGUGUAACCAUAUUCAUUGUAUUCGUCCUGGUUGCAACUACGUCCUACAUUCUAGUGGCCAGCUUUUUAGUCAUAAAAGGAAGCACGAGAGACAGGACUCUGAAAUGGCUUAUCGAAAAUUCAAACUGGCUCAAAGUAUGAUGAAGAGCUUCAGUGAAGCACAAUCUCCAUCGCAACUUAGUCCAAAUGUUCUGCAAGCCUUCAGUGAUCAGCUCAGUCAACAUCCAGACGGUCCUCUUGGAUCAAUCCAAACUUCUGUUAUCCAACAUGGCCCGAACUCUAGUUUGUCAUCAGUUUUAUCUGAAGGCCAACCCCACAGCAAUGGAGAGGCUCCCAGUGAUCGAGAUGAAGUGUCUCCCAUUAUGAGCAUUAUUCCUCCACAGUUUACUCCUAAAUAUGGACAACUUAUGGGAGGGGAAGGAAGGCUUAGCCAUCAAACCCCACCUGCAUAUCUAGUUCCGUCUCAUGAGCAAGCCAACAUGACAGCUAUGGAUCUAAGUAGUGAUUUCUCUUCACCUAACUCUACUCCAUGGACAACAGAGGAUUUCUGGCAGAAAUAUCUGACCCGGUAUGGACCUGUAGAAAAGUGCUCUGGUGGCAGUCAAUGUGAACUUAUUUUUAAGGAACACUUUCACUGCAGAGCGGAGAGCUGUGAGAUGACCUUCAGAUCGAUGGAUGGAGUCAGAGAACAUGCACGCAACCAUGAACAACAAGAGCAAGUGAGUGAGGCAUUUUAUAUCACAGUUGAGGGUGGUCAAGAUGGUAAACCUUGUCAGUGUGAAGAUGACUGCCCAUAUCAAGCUAAGGAGAAACACUAUCACUGCACUUGGGACAAUUGUCGAGAAAUCAUUCUACCUUCCGACAAACCAUUCCGCCGUCUGGACCACUACAAAAUGCAUGAAUAUUCACGAAAACUCAGUCUUACAAAAGACCCACUCACUAUGACUCAUCUUGCAACUUCCAUCGAUGGCAUGUUUAGAAGAAAACGGGGUCGUCCUCCAAAGAAUAGGGUAAUUGAGAUUUGGAAUGAUUAUUUCUCAGUGUCUCCUGGAGCUGUUAUGGAUUCUCCUCAAGCAAUUUUCACUAGUUUUAAAUUACCAAAACCUUCAACAGCAUCAGUCCCAGCAGGACCUGGGUUCAGUGGUCAGGGUCUGGGUAUGAUGUCCCUUCCUCCUGGAGAACCUGGUUACAGUUCUGCUCCUUCGAGUCCUGAUGAAAGCUCCAAGAGCUCUACUCCUCAUCGCAUUGAUUUGCUUCAAGAAGGAUUCUAUUGCUUCCCCGAAGGUGCUCCAUGUCCUGAUGCCCUGUGUGUAUAUAACUCCAAGAUUCAGCACUACCAUUGUAGCCAGCCUAGAUGUUUUUAUGUAACAGAUCGUGAGGAUAUUUUGAUCAUGCACUCCAAAGAUUUUCAUGAUAAUAUUGACAUCAUGGAAGGGUUCCUAUUUUUUGACAGGAUGGUGGACUGCAGACUGCCAUCAUGUCACAGCAAUAAAGUAAAUCGACAUUUCCAUUGUGUGAGGCCUGGUUGUGGAUAUUCAUUUGUUCGCUAUUCAACCAUGGCCAUUCACGAACAAAGACACCGUUCAGAAGACCCCUCUGAAGGGGGUAGUGGAGCUGGUGGCAGUACGACUCCUACUUGUGAAUCACCUCCUUCUGUCCAAAAUUUGAAGAAAACUCAAGAUCAAGUUAUAACUCCCAUAAAAAUUAAAAGUGAAACUGGUCCUGAUGUUGGUGUUGAAACACCUGUGAUAUCAAGUGCCUCUGUUUCAUCUCGAGGUUCUGUGGGUAUGUCAUCUCCUGAAGGAAGUUCAACGAAAACCACAGUGGUGAAGGCUUCUGGGACCUUUUAUCCACUCUCUGCGUUUUCGUGUGGCCCAGGCCCCCAGGGGGAGAAAGGAAGGAUUUCCAAGUCAUCCCGGGGUACGUCUCCCUCCCCUCCCUCCCCUCCGGCCAUGAAUGGUGUGGGCAUGCCUGUAACGGAGGCUCUGGCUGUGAUGGUUCGAGAUGACAGCAAGAAUCUGACAUUCUCAGAUCCGGUGAAGACUGAACCAAAUUACACGAGUGAUGGUUCCCAGCAGUCACUUUCAAGACUUCUGCAGCAACCUCAGAUCUCCCAUGAUCUAUCUGCUCGACCAGAAUGGAUGCUUCUUGAGAGACAUGUACGAUAUGGAGUGGAUCAGUCAUGCAGUCGCCCAUUCUGCAAACUUAAGCGAAAAGAACAUUAUCAUUGCAAUGCUUGCAACCAGGCAUUUUCUGAAAUUGAAAGAUUGCGUCCUCACAUAGCAAAACACAGCAGUGGUGCUCUAAGCCCUUCUGUUAUCAAGAAAGAGCCUGAAGAUAACAACAAUGAAGAAAGCAAUGAUUCAACUGCAGCUUCAGGAGGGCCAGGUGUUCCUGAGCAACCCAGUCCAAAUUCUGAGAUUCCGCCUUCAUUACCUCCUAGUGUGCUACAACCUGGAGUAUUUCCUUCACAGUCACCUGCAGCUGCUGCAGCUACUUUUAAUGCUGCUAUGGCUGCAGCUGCAGCUGCUGGGCAACAAUUUGCUCUGAUUACAUCACAAGGUUUGAUGUUUGCUGCACCUCCAGGUCUUCAUGGUCAUCAUUCCCAUCAUCAUCCAAAUGGUUUAUUAGACCACCAUUCUCUUUUAGCUGGUGAUCCUACAUCAUCAGACAAGCCAUUAAGUCUCACUGGACUUAAUAAACGACCCAUGUCUCCUCACUUGGGGGCACCUGGAGCUCUGGAUAUGAGCCCAGAAGCCAAGAAAGCUCGAGUGCAAAAUAGCAUGCGAAUAUUAAAAGAUGAACCUGUGCCUGAAGGAUAUGUGCGCUUUAGGUUCAAUGAAGAUUGCAAGUAUCCACAUUGUGGUUACAGAGAACAUCAGACCCAUUUUCACUGUAUGCGGGCUGACUGUGGUUAUAGCUUUUGUGACAAGACACGCUUUGUACAGCAUACAGCUAGGCACGAGCGCUUAGACACUCUAAUGGGAGGUGAUUUUCAACAAUUCCGAGCUAAUGUUGCAUGUGGACGACCAGAAUGUGUAUACACAUCUACCCUAGGAGCAAUGCAAAACAAAGCAUCUCAUUUUCAUUGCUUGAAGUGUGAAUUUGUUUGUACUGAUACCAACAAAGUCGUGGCUCACAGACGUCAACAUCAGAAAUUGGAUUCAAUAAUGGCUGCUGGCUUUGAGAAAUUCACACCAUCCCAACCUUGCAGUGUUGAGGCGUGUGCUCACUCAGGGAAGCAAACUCAUUAUCACUGCUUGAGCUGUCAGUAUGCUGUACUGGGGCUCUCACAGAUGUCUGCUCACAAGUACAGACAUAUGGAAUGACAAGUAUCAUUAGGAAUGUGUGUUUCUUAUACUAAUGCAAUGUAGCAUCUCUCUGAAUGGCAGAAAAAAACAGUAUUUUCUACAAGUGGACAGGAUUACAUAAACAAUUUCUUAACUGUGAUCACACCAUGUAUGGUGUGCAGCUGGUUACAUGAGCUAAGUGCAGUGUGUAGUGAUUGAUAUGUAAUGGGGGCUGAAUGCACCUGGAACAGUGAAUAAUGUGUGUUUGUGUGAAUGGUUCAGUGAAUGUAAAGAAACGAAGAAGCAUUUGAGUGAAGUGAUAUUUUAUUAGGUUGGUUUGUGAUAAAGCUGGAAUUGUUGGUGUAAUUGGAAAGGAAAACCUCAUUAGAAAUAUAUUAAAUUAUUUAGCUACUAUGUAAAAGAUACAAGACUUUAACAACUUCAAUAUGCAAAGGAAGUUAUCUUCAGUAAACUUUCACAAGAUUUAAUAAGUAUUUCUUUUAUACAAAUGAAAGAUUGUUAUGUAGUUCUGUAUAUAAAAAUGUAAUUAUUGUUUUUUUAAUAAGUGAAAGUUAACUUGAAUUUUACUAUUAACAUGAUUUGUAUUCAACAAAGGAAUUUCUAUGCUACAUCUAGCAGCAACAAAAGCCUUCCAAGUGACUUCUCAUUCAGGAAACUGCAUUUGGAUAAUGAAGUGUAAAAGCACUUGACCCUAACAAACAUAACACUCUACAAAAGAUGUACAUACCUCCUUAUAUGAAGUAUGUGCAGUUAUGUAUGCAGGGCUUCCAGAAUGAAUUCUCUUUCUGUAUUUGUUUCACAGCAUGAUACAAGAGUUUCAUAAUAACUCUGCGAAGCUGUGUAAUUUUCUAAAUACAUACAUUAUUGCAUAGGUAAACUGACUGACACUUGGUGUGGCUUCUUGAUGUUGAUGGUUUCUGUGUUGGACUCAAAAUUUUUUGAAGCAUGUAUCAGAUCCCUGAGAAAUAAUUCUCUUUUCAUGGGAUGUGUCGCCUUUUAAAUAUAUUCUUAGGGAAUUUGUUUCAAUUGUGAGCACAAUAUCUGAUGUGGAAAAGGUAGAAGAUUUUGGUCAUCACAUGUGAUAUAAUACAUACUAAAUUAAGAAAAAUGGUAAUAUAAUGAGAAAAAAAAUUUAUAUUUUACAUCCAUUGCAUUUCUGUGGUAGCUGUGAAACAGGAGUGACAUGACAAUAAAUGUUAAGAAAUUUGUUUGUGUUACUGGAUAUUAUGAAAUACAAAUCAUGUCAUUUCUCACAAUUUAAAAUUGAGAAAAGAAAAAAAUUAGAAAUGAUAUUACACAUAUAGAUGUUCCUAUCAGCAGAAUGAUAAUUAAAUUUCAACAUUGGAAAUGAAAAUUGUUUUAGAAUUAAAUGAAUUUCUUUAUACUGUUCAGUUAAUUUUGUUCAUUUUAUUAUUUUUUCAUUAAAGAUCUAAUUAGUCAUUUGGUAAAACAUUAUUGCUCUUUGAAUGACAAAUUUGUGGAAAAACCAAAUGUAUUUUCCAUACUAUGAAACAGCUUACCACAAAAUGUUAACGCUGUCAUUGAUAAAUUAAGAUAACAAUAAUAAAAUCUUGGCAAGAAUAAGAGAAACACUACAAUUUAAUGAAAAGUAUCUUGAUCAUGGACUUUUGAAAGGUCUUAUGUGCCAGAUAUCAUGUGAAAUAUGGCACAUGCUUCACCUUCUUUAUUUUUCAUCCAUUCAUAAGAGCAAAGUCAUACUAAAUUCACAUUAAUCUAAUUUAUACGCAACAUAAUGUGAUUAUUGUUGUAAAGGUGCAAUAUUUAUGAAAUAUAAAGAAAAUUACAAUCGUCAAGUGUUUUAAAUUUUUUAUUGAAAAUACUUGUUAAUUUAAUCAAAUCAAAUGACAGCAACACACCACAUGUUAAUUGAAACAUUGGGGAGAUGGGAGAAUUGGAAACAAGUUGCCUAGAGAAGACAUUUUCAAGAAAGUGUAGCAUUGCUUGUAAAUAGUGUAAACUAGUAGAGACUUAACACACUGCAGGGAAUUUUACAAAUUCUUUUAUCAGAAAUCCAAAGUUUUAGUGUGUAUGAGUGGCAGAAUUGAAGGGCGAUAUGGUUUUAAUAGAAUCAAAUAGAUAUUUUAGAUGGUAAGAAGGAGAAGAAAAAGAAAUACUUGUCUUAGAGUCUUUAUUUAGAAUCUAGAUCUGAUAGGAAAACAAAUUUGAAUAUCUGUUGAGAGUCAGGGUACCAUUUUCUCAUAAAGAGUAAACUUAGUACCAAAAUGUUUUACUUUUUCUACAAUAAUUCAUAUAUUAAAAAUAAAAUAUAGAUAAAUUGAUUUUCCUUUUACAUUUGAAAUUAUUUUUAAAUAAAAUAAAAGUGUUUUGCAAGAAAUGUUUAUAGAAUGUAGUGGUCUUAUACAUGUGUCUGUGACUAGAAAGUUCUUUUGUGGAGAGUGAAAACUGAGUUUUGUGAUGGCCUGCAAAUGGCAGAAAUUAUUGUGAUAUAGUACCCACUAUAGAUUUUGCAUUACUGUAUGUGUAUAAUGUAGCUGCAUUUAAACUAGUAUCACUAGUGUCUGUUAUAGAAAAUGUUUUACAUCUGUCUGGUUUGAUAUAUGUAAAACUGUACUGUGUAAUGUUGCCUAUAUGUGGCUUGUGAGCAUACCUGUAGAAAAAAUAAAAUAUUUUGUUUUUUCUUUAAAUAUGUGAAAAAGGUAUCCAGAUUUUCUCUGAUGAAGAUUUGAGUCAACAUAGAGUUUUAUACAUUCUGGAUCACAUGAUCUAAAACACUGUCUUAAAACUAUGUACAAUGAAAUUAUUUUGUACUCUAGUUAAUCAGCAAAACAAAUAAAAUUUGUGUUGAGAAAAGACAUGAGUAUAGUAAGUGAAGUGCCAUUUAAAGAUUGUGUGUCUAAGAAACUUGAGUAUAAUGAACUAGUGUGAUAUUUUUUGAAAUGAGCCUUGGUGCUCAAUAAAAACUUGAUUGUGCUAGGGAUCAUACGCUGUUCAUGUCCAUUUUCUGAGAUCAGAAAUUUCUUUCCUUUUGUAGUAUUACUAGAAA